AUCAAACCUAAUCGAUUAAAUAAAUUGCCAGUGUGUAGUAUAAAUAGGACCUCUAUGGUUGCCCAAAGGCACAUAACAAACAACAAUAUUCUACGUAGUACUUCAUAGAAUUAUCUAAGAUGAUGAUGAAAAGAAUGGGGGCUUGGAUGUUGCUAGCAUUAUUGACUCUGGUUGGCGAAUGGCAUGGUCGUUGUUAUGGGUGUUGGGAGGAAGAGAGGAUUGGUCUCUUGGAGAUCAAAGCUUUGGAUGGCUUUUACUUGGGAGAUUGGGUGGAUAGUAGUAAUUGUUGUGAGUGGUAUGGGAUCGAGUGUGAUAACACUACAAGGCGAGUGAUCCAGCUCUCUCUUUUCGGUAGAAGGGAUUUCCGCUUGGGCGAUUGGGUUCUCAACGCAUCUUUGUUUCUGCCUUUUAAAGAAUUGCAAAGUCUUGAUUUGGGAUCUAAUGGAUUGGUUGGUUGCUUGGAGAAUGAAGGCUUCGAAGUCCUAUCAUCAAAACUGAGGGAACUUGACCUAAGUUAUAACCGAUUUAAUAAAAGCAUUUUGUCAUGUUUCAAUGGUAACCUUUCCACUCUCAAGUCUUUGGAUCUAUCAGACAAUGGGUUGACAGCUGGAUCAGGUAGCUUCUAUGGUCUCAAAGUCUUGUCAUCAAGGUUGAAAAAGCUGGAGAACCUUGACCUGGGUUGGAAUGAAUACAACGAUGGCAUUUUUCCAUCUCUAACUGGAUUUUCAUCCCUCAAGUCUUUGUAUCUGUCGUACAAUGAGUUGACAGGAUCAGGUUUCAAAGUCUUGUCAUCAAGGUUGAAAAAGCUGGAGAACCUUCAUCUAGGAGGGAAUCAAUACAACGAUAGCAUUUUUUCUUCUCUAACUGAGUUUUCAUCUCUCAAGUCUUUAGAUCUUUCAUACAAUCAGCUGACAGGAUCUAUCAAUAGUUUUCAACUCCUACCGAUGAGGAUGGGAAAGUUAGAGAACCUUGACCUGGGAGGCAAUCGAUUGAACAGCAGCAUCUUAUCAAUUCUGAGUGGGCUUUCAUCCCUCAAGUCUUUAGAUCUGUCAAGGAAUAUGUUUACAGGAUCAGGUUGGUGUGAAUUGAAGAAUCUGAAGCAGUUGGAUCUCUCUAGAAAUAAUUUAGGAGGUUCACUCCCUGAUUGUUUAGGGAACUUGUCUUCUCUACAACUAUUAGAUGUUUCUAAAAACCAGUUUACUGGAAAUAUUGCCUUCGGUCCUCUUACCAACCUCACAUCCCUUGAAUUCCUCUCACUAUCAAAUAACUUCUUUGAAGUUCCCAUUUCAAUGAAGCCUUUUAUGAACCACUCAAGCCUCAAGUUCUUCUGCAAUGAGAACAACAAACUAGUAACAGAACCUGCUGUUUUUGAACAUUUGAUUCCAAAGUUCCAACUAGUCUUUUUUAGCGUGUCAAAAACAACGGAAGCACUCAAUGUACAAAUUCCCAACUUCCUCUAUUACCAAUACCACUUAAGAUUCCUUGAUCUCUCCCACAACAACAUCACUGGAAUGUUUCCAUCGUGGUUGCUUAAUAACAAUACACGAUUGGAGCAACUAUAUCUGAGCGGGAACUCCUUUGUUGGUACUUUGCAGUUGCAAGAACACCCAUAUCCAAAAAUGACCGAAUUAGAUAUUUCCAACAACAACAUGACAGGUCAAAUUCCAAAGGAUAUUUGUUUGAUCUUUCCAAAUUUGGAGAGCUUAAGGAUGGCUAAAAAUGGAUUCACAGGUUGUAUUCCUUCUUGUUUAGGAAAUAUUAGCUCUCUUUCACUUUUAGAUUUAUCCAACAAUCAAUUGUCCACAGUAACACUAGAACUACUUACAUUACAGUAUCUCAAGCUGUCAAACAACAAUUUGGGUGGGCAAAUACCAACCUCGGUGUUCAAUUCUUCUGUCUCAGAAUAUCUCUAUCUAGGUGAUAACAACUUUUGGGGUCAGAUAUCAUAUUUUCCAUUAAAUGGGUGGAAAUCGUGGAUUGUAGUGGAUUUGAGUAACAAUCAAUUUUCAGGCAUGCUUCCAAGGGGGUUCGUCAAUUCUACAAACCUUGAAGCAAUUGAUUUAUCCAAAAACCAUUUUAAGGGUCCAAUCCCAAGAGACUUCUGUAAGCUUGACCAGGUUCAAUAUUUGAUCCUUUCUGAUAACAACUUGUCUGGAUAUAUACCAUCUUGUUUCAGUCCACCAUCUAUAAUCCAUAUGCAUCUAUCUAAAAAUAGAUUGAGUGGUCCAUUAACAUAUGGAUUUUAUAACAGCUCUUCCCUGGUUACGAUGGAUCUUAGAGAUAACAACUUCACCGGCUCAAUUCCAAAUUGGAUUGGCAAUCUUUCAUCAUUGAGUGUUCUUCUGAUGAAAGCUAAUCACUUUGAUGGUGAACUCCCUGUUCAGUUAUGCUUAUUAGAACAAUUAAGCAUUUUGGAUGUUUCACAAAACCAACUCUCUGGUCCACUACCCUCCUGUUUGGGAAAUCUUACUUUCAAGGAAAGUUCCCAGAAAGCGUUAGUGAAUCUCGGAGUUCUUUUACUACCAAGGUCCAUAGAAAAGGCUUAUUAUGAAACAAUGGGUCCACCAGUAGUGGCUAGUAUGUACACCUUGUUAAAGGGUUAUUGGCCUAACUUUACAGAAGAAGUGGUAGAAUUUACAACUAAAAAUAUGUAUUAUGGUUACAAGGGGAAAAUUCUCAGCUACAUGUCUGGUUUUGAUCUCUCCAAUAACAACUUUGUAGGAGCAAUCCCGCCAGAAUUUGGAAACUUAAGUGAGAUACUGUCAUUAAACUUAUCACACAACAAUCUCACUGGAUCUAUCCCUGCAACAUUCUCAAACCUGAAGCGGAUUGAGAGUUUGGAUCUUUCUUACAACAACUUGAAUGGUGUCAUCCCUCCACAACUUACUGAAAUUACCACACUGGAAGUUUUUAGUGUGGCGCACAAUAACUUGUCAGGUAAGACACCCGAGAGAAAAUAUCAGUUUGGGACCUUCAAUGAAAGCUGUUACGAAGGAAAUCCUUUCUUGUGUGGACCUCCAUUGCGAAACAAAUGUUGUGAGGAAGCAGUGCCGUCCCAACCAGUGCCUAAUGAUGAACAAGGAGAUGAUGGUUUCAUAGACAUGGAGUUUUUCUACAUCAGUUUCGGUGUAUGUUACACAGUUGUGGUGAUGACGAUUGCAGCAGUUCUCUACAUCAAUCCAUAUUGGCGACGUAGGUGGUUGUACUUCAUCGAAGACUGCAUAGAUACUUGCUACUAUUUUGUAGUUGCUAGUUUUCGCAAGUUCCCCCAACUUUAGAAGAUGAAUUUGUUAUGAUUGUAUGUCUAGCUAUUGGGUGCUUCAUUUGUAAUGUGCUGCCUCUAAGCUCAGCCUUUCUAUUUUUAUUUCUGCUACAA